AUGGCAGAAAUUGUAAAUAUCUUUUAUCAACCUUUUGAAUUGUGUCUGAUAUUGACUUUUGCUCUCUUCUUCUGUAUGGCCGACGUUAAAUAUGGGUUCUCCACGUUGCAAUAUGGUCACAAACUGGACAGGCGGAUGAUUACAUCGUAUAUAAACUACAGUAUUCUGGACUGUGUGGAGGAUUGUCUGAGAACAACACGAUGUCGGUCCGUCAACUACUGCCAAGGAGCCCACUUCUGUCAGACCAACUUUGAAAACAGGUCAACUGUACCUGAUCUGUUUAUAGAGAAGCCUGGCUGGAUAUACAGCGACAUGGGGGACUGGGACAAGACCAUUGCAGGAGCAUGUUCGAUGUCAAACUGUUCCAUGAAUGAAAAGUGCCUUCCAAAACCUUUUGGACAGUUCAGCUGUGUUCUUUCAGAUUGUGGUAUACCUUCAAAUGAACGUUUCUCGAUGGAAAAGGUUAAGGAAUGGGAUGCCAUAGGUUUAGAAAAAGGAAUUCAUAUCACCUGUUCUGCCGGAUACAAGCCACAAGGUUCUGAGCGUUUUGUCUGUCACCCUGAUGGAUCUUGGAAGACAAAUUUGAAAUGCACUACAAAACGUAAGAUAAUGUGA